AUGGUUCCAAAGCUGCUCCAUUCCCGACUUUGUCUGCUUCUGCUGCUGGGGCUCAUGGGAAUGGUGGGCUCCUUCCAUGCCCGACCUGCUGAUUUAACCUGGGCUCAGUGGUUUCAAAUCCAGCACAUAAAUAUGACCCAUGCCCGAUGCAAUAAUGCAAUGCUGGUAGUUAACGGUUACACAGGACGAUGCAAAGGCCGGAAUACUUUUCUUAAUACAACUUACGCUGAUGUAGUUAAUGUUUGUGGUACCCCAAAUACAACCUGUCCUACAAGCAAAAGUACAAAUUGUCAUAAUAGUUCAGUCCAGGUGCCUUUAACCUAUUGUAACCUCACAAGUCGACCAACUCCUAUUGAAAACUGCAGAUAUGCACAGACACCAGCAUGGAAGUUCUAUAUAGUUGCUUGUGACAGAAGAUCUCCACGGGACACUCCCACAUAUCCAGUGGUUCCAGUUCACUUGGAUGCAAUCUUCUAA